AUGCGUCUCCGGCCGGCGAAUCGGCUCAUUCACGCACGAUCAUGGCAUGCAUAUCUUGCAGGCAGCGGAAGGUUGGUCUCGUGUAUUGGCCUUCGAGCUAGAAUACUAAUGCCGCUGCAGGUUCGAUGCAGCGGUUUCCAAAAUACGGCGCAAGGAAAGUGUCACAGAUGCUAUUGGCAAGGGCAGGAAUGCACUUUUCAGCCAAUCUCAGAUGACAGCGCCGGAGCCCUUCUGCGGGCCGUCGCCGAGAGCUAUACGCAUGGUAGCCGGGAUCGCUGGCUGGCUGGUCCAGCACCAGUAGUAAAUACGAGCAGAGGCACCUUUGAAUUGGAACCACGACCACUACACCCGCAAAUUAACCUAUAUCACCCAGCCACGUUUGCAGAAAAAUGUUGGACCGUCUACACGACGGUAGACAUGCAAAGCGCCCGACGACCAGACCGACACGCGACCCUGGGCGUGUUUGACAUACACCACGCUGAGACCUAUGCUGACGAACUCGCAACGGAUACAUCAAAUAUGUGGGCCGGCAGCCCCGGUUGUAUAGAUUGCAGAUUUGGGGAGGGGGGAAUGAGGCACUCCACCAACUCAGCCUCGGGGACUGCUGGACGCACGUUGGCGGUGAUGAGCUUGAGUAAUUUGGUCCAUGACUUCAAUGCGACACCUCGACAGUCUCAACAGUGA